UGGAUGUAUGCCCCAGAGCAUCGUUGCAUGCGAAGAGCAACCGUACGACAGAUUUCGUGCUUAAUAUCGGGACCAUCCGUGUGGCGUAUGGGCUGACGAAAUCGCGGGGGUUGCAUGAAUCUCCAGCCUGGGGUCGGCGCAUGAGCAACUGCUGCUGGUGGACUGGCCAUCAGGCUCGUAUAAAACGAUGGCGUCCACGGCCCCCCCUCGACGCUUCAAAGUCGAGCCCAUAGAAACGACGAGGUCGACACGCAAAGGGGAACGAGAGAACGAGACGGGCGAGACGCAGGAAGGCAAGCAGGAUUCUGCUGAGCCCGCUGUGGUGAAGAUACCAAGACGGUACGCUCCUGUACCCAUCGAGACGACUGUUGUCCACCGCAGAGCUGCAAAGGACCGUGACACAGAUGUGGAGACAAAGACCGAUCUAAAGGAAGGCUCAGAGUCAAGCACUACGACGAAUCAGCAAACAGAGGCCGGAAGCAUAGCCAAUCCACGUCCCAGAAGGAACUUCGCACCGCAACUGCUUGAGACAGCUGUACGGUCACGUCGUGUCGGCAAAACCUCUCCAUCCAGACAUGUCUCAGGAGACAUAGACGACACAGAUCGAGACUGUUUCAGCCAUCUUGUUCUACGCCGUUCAGAGCUUGCAUCCCGCACUCCUAGCCCUUUGGGAAUAUCACAAGCCGAGCUACAGGAAGCACGACGAAUAGGAUCACCACUUUUGUCUCGGUCUCGCCAAAGUUCCGUUGGAAGCGCUCGAUCACAUUCCUACCAAGUUCCUCAUCUCGACACGAUAGAAUCCUCAGAGUCCGAAGAGUCCAUCUCACGACGCGGCUCGCUAUCCAACACACCCCCAACGCCCGCCUCCUCACGAAACUCAUACAAGCAUGCAACGCGGAUACGAGAGAGCGCCGACGAAACCACAUCUGCCUAUUUCCUCCGCGUAGCAGCGAAGACCGCCGAACGACAGCUACGGGAACAGGCCAUGGCCGCAUUCCCCAAUGAUGAUCGCCACGAACCCGUAGCACACUUCAUCAACAGAGACCUUGACACGGCGUAUCCCAGCCGGCACCCGACUCACGACUCAACGAAACGUUACAAAUAUCGGAGAGAAUCAUCGGAAGCGAACUGGCAAAUCCGCGGGUUUCGGAAGCGUUCGUCCUGGCGAGAUCGCAAGCGACAUGCGGAACGACGACAGAAAGCGAGUGGUGACUCCUCGAACAACGAUUCUUGGCGACACCCUAUGUCCGGUCUCUCUGACGGCGGCAUGCAGCGCGAUACGGAUCUGGAGCAAAUGCGCAACAAGGCACGGCCGCCCAUGCUCGGCGGAGACAUCGUCUUCCCCCGCUGCCCUUCUCCCAACCAAGCUCGCUUCGACGUGACCCAAAGCUCCUAUGUCAUCCGCCAGUCGAUGUGCUACCUGUCAGAGCAAGCCAAAGAGCCCGACCGCGAAGGUCUUUGGCGCAAUAAAUCCGAGGCGAACCUCAUCUCCAGUAGCCGUGAAUCAUCCUCUAUAUGGACCGGGCGGAAAUCCCCGUCGAACAACCCCAAAAGCCCUUCUACCUCUGGCCUGUGGGGCGGCUCCUGUACUAGCAAAGACGCACUCACCGUCCCUCGCGGACCCACCGGCAUGAUCACUCCGAAAGUCAUCGACGAAGACGAGCUCAUACACGCCGACCACCCGCUCUCAAACCACCACCAACUCCCCCCCUCCCCCCCCUCCUCCUAUCCCGGCCCUACCAGCCUCGACGAAAAACUCUCCCGCGCUGCACUCAUCGACGCCGAAUUCCACCCCGAGUUCGUCACCCAAGUCUACAACUACCUCUCCCUCGGCUACCCGGCCGUCGCCCGCGCCUUCGACCCUGAGCUCAGCAAGAUCACCCACAUCCCCAUCGCCGAGCUGCGCCAGGACGACCAUCUCGCCUCAUCGAAGGGGUACUUCCGCCUCGGCGAGGACUUCUGCGCCGAUGGCGUGCCGAUCACGAGGGAGGCGUGUAUUCGGUGGCGCGCGCUAAGGUUGUAUGCGGGGGAGUUGGGCGUGGUGAACUCUCGUCGUCGCAUAUCGCUAUCAUGAACGCCAAUUUGCGCUGGUCACCUUGACGCGCGCGCGGUUCCUAGU